GCCGGGGGCGCCCAGCGGACCGGCACGCACCUCGAGGCGUAUCAGGCGGGGCCCGGGUGUUAGGGGGCGACUGGCAGCCAUGGCGGAGUCGGCGCCUGCUCGGCACAGGAGGAAGCGCCGCUCCACCCCUUUGACUUCUUCCACGCUGCCCCCACAAGCACCAGAGAAAAGCUCCUAUUUGCAGACCACAGAUAUCUCACUCUGGACAGUGGUGGCUGCUAUUCAAGCUGUGGAGAAGAAGAUGGAGUCCCAGGCCGCCCGGCUGCAGAGCCUGGAGGGCCGGACGGGGACAGCCGAGAAGAAGCUGGCCGACUGCGAGAAGACGGCCGUGGAGUUGGGGAACCAGCUGGAGGGCAAGUGGGCGGUGCUGGGGACCCUGCUGCAGGAGUACGGGCUGCUGCAGAGGCGGCUGGAGAACGUGGAGAACCUGCUGAGGAACAGGAACUUCUGGAUCCUGCGGCUGCCCCCGGGCAGCAAGGGCGAGGCCCCCAAGGUGCCCAGGUCACUUGAAAGUGAUGGAGUCUGUGUUUCAGAGCGGGAGCGGGAGAGCCUGGAGGGCUGGCAGAAGGAGCUCUACGCGAAUGUGAUGAAAAGCAACUAUGAGGCUCUGGUCUCCCUCAAGGUGCUUGGCCAGCCAGAAGGAGAAGCGGAGUUGGGUACAGAGAUGCUGGGUGACUUGGAGGAGGAAGACUCUCAUGGUGUCCACCCAGUGGAAGGGGUUAUGAUCAAGCAGGAGAUACAGUACACGCAGGACAGCUCUGCGGAUCUUCCUGGAGAGUUCUCGGGCAUUGCCGAAGAGCACGCUUUCCUGAGCCCGGAGCAGCCCGAGCUCUGGGAUGGUCAGGGACGUUCUGUCCUCUUGGAAUCAGGUCCCGGGGACACUAAUCCAGAGGAGCCCAUUGAGGGCAGUAGAGACCCUAGCGGUGGCAGAACUCUGGGCUGCCCCCCGAAGCAGAAGUCUAACAGGCAGCUGAAGCUGGGUCAGCAGUGUGGGCAGGGCCUGAAGCUGAAAAGGGACACUGCUGGCCCCUACGAAUGUUCCGAGUGCGAGGCCAUCUUCCGCUGUAAGCAGCAGCUGGCCGCACAUCUGCGGACCCACUCAGGAUGGGAGCCUUACACGGCCUCGGAGCCAGAGGAGAGCCUUCGGCCCCGGCCCCGGCCCCGGCUUAAGCCCCAGCCCCGGAAGGCGAAGCUGCACCAGUGUGAUGUGUGCACGAGGGGCUUCAGCUGCAGGGUGAGCCUGCUGACCCACCAGCGCUGCCACCUGCAGGAGGGGCCCGGUGCCGGCCACCGGGUCCAGGAGCGGUUCUCACCCAACAGCCUGGUCGCCCUGCCCGGCCACAUCCCUUGGAGGAAAAGCCGGAGCGCCCUCAUCUGUGGUUACUGCGGCAAGAGCUUCAGCCACCCGUCCGACCUGGUGCGGCACCAGCGCAUCCACACGGGCGAGCGGCCCUACAGCUGCCCUGAGUGUGAGAAGAGCUUUGUCCAGAAGCAGCACCUCCUGCAGCACCAGAAGAUCCACCAGCGGGAGCGGGGCGGGCCAGCCCUGGAGCCCGGAAGGCCCAACGGCCUGCUUUAGGGGUGCCAGCCCCUCGCCCGACUGGGGGAGGCGGAGGGGGCUGGCACUGUCCCCCCGAAGAGACAGUGUAGCGUCAGGGACUGACUUCUUUCUGAGGGGAGUCACUUUGAUUUGCUUUCCCUUGACCAGGCGCCAGGCCGAGCCCAAAGGCUGUCCUGAAAACCAUGGAAGAGGAAGAGUCGGGGCCAGGCCUCUCCUGCUGUCUUUACCGAGCUGCCGAGUUUGCCAUCUCUGUGGCACCGUCAAGUCUCUGCUUUUCCCAUCCUAGCUGAUAGUCGUGGGCUGGGGUUGGCUCUCUGAGCCCGCAGGGCUGGUGGCCUGUUCCAGGGCCCGUCCCGGCAUUCAGGUCUUCCCGAGGGUUGAGUCGGGCCAAAGGAGUGAGCAGAUAUGUGGAAGCAUAGCCCUCUAGUUGCUCUUCUUUUGUCAUCUCCUCGUUAAUAACAAGUAGAAGAAAUAAUUUAAAUGAACUGCUUAACCGUGCUCCGAAGAACCUUUUUUUUUGGAAUUAGAUUUUAGUUGGUUAAAAAAAAAAAAGUCUGACAAUUUUUAAAUUUCCAGAGUUGUAGAAGUUGUUCCUAACAUGGGGACUGGGCCUGCCCUCUGGGAGGGGAUCAUUUAUGGGGCUCUUUUAGCCCACCCACAUUUAGUUAGGCCCGAGAUCAGGGCCGUAGUGCUGGGCUCCCUCUUGUGCGGGUCUUGGCACUCCGGGAUAGGGCUACCUGACCGAGAGGAGGAGGGUAGUAGGGUUAGACCCCAGAGCCCCUGCAGGGAAUGAAGGGUCCUGUAAAGGAGCUGAGAUACGGUCCUGCUUCUCUGAGUUUGGGUUUCUCUCUGCUCUUCCAUCCCAUCCUUGCUGCGGUUCUGCAGCCUCCCAGCAUAGAAGACUACUUUUUACUUAAGGUUGUUCAGCUUAUACCAGUGGUUACUUGAGUUGGUUUUUAUUAUACCAGUUGUUUCUUGAGGUUGUUCAGAUCACACACUUUCCACAGUAGUUCUGGGAUUGACUAUUCCUGAAAUGAUGGGAGAAAAGCACACAGAUGCCCAUCUCUCAGGAGUGUUGAAUGCCUGCCCCACUGUUAUUUGGGGAGAUGAGAGUGGGCUCCUGGGUCUUAUGUGAAUGUCCCCUUUGAUGUUUGCAGUUGCCUAGAAUAAAACUUACUACUAGCAAAAAAAAACAAACAAAAAAAACCAAAAACAACCCACAAAACUCCUGUUUGAUGUUUUUCUCCAUUUGUCAAGAAUACCCUCCUGGGGCCUAGAUGGAGGGGGUGCCUGACCUGGAGCGGUGCCAGAGGCCUGAUGGCGUAGCCUGACCUGCAUCCUUCCUUAAACCUAGGGAGAUGAGAAGAGGCGUGGAUGGGAAGACUCACCAACACCUGUGGUAAUCGAGGGCUGCAGGCAGUUUGGGCGUCUGAGCGUCGGGAGGUAGAGAGGGCAGGUGAGACACGGUGGGUGCACCCGGAGUCCUGGGAGCAGUUAGGGGUAUUGGCUUAGCUACACAUGUGGCCGUAUGCGUCCAUCUUAAACAUGGGGCUGAGUGGCGAAUGUGAGAAGCUGAAUGAGAUCUAUAACACUACCGUUUCUGUACAUUAAAAACACGUACACAAAACAAAUCACUUGGUAAGAACACAUAGAAGCGAAAAGUUACAUACAGGCGUUAUGGUUGCCCGUGGGACGAGUGAGUGGGAUAUGGGGUUGAGAAGAAACAAAUUAAAUAAAUAGAUAAAAAUGAGCUUGGUCACUGUAAGGUAAGGGAUUAUCUUGGUGUAGAAACGGAAUGUGGAGGGAAGCUGUCGCAGGGCAGCGUCUUGAGAGGUGCUCAGCUUCCUUGUAUGGAGGAAAACGUCUGGAGCAUCUCUCCUAAAUCCCUUCUCCAAUCUCCUGCCUGCGAGUUUUUGCGAUAGAGAUACCCCCUAUCCCAUCCUUGACUAUUCUCACCUCCCAGCGAGCGCUUUAAUGUGACCAGCCUUUGCCUCGCAUCAUGGGGAGAAAAUGUACAAGAUAGGGUCCUAUUUCUCCAGCAAAGUUAGGUUCUUCUUGAGGCAGGGAAAUGAUUGUCUUAAUCCAUCAGACUAGUGUAAUAAUGGCUAAUGUUUACUGAGCACUCAUGUGCUAGCCACUGUUUUAAGUUCUUCACAUAAAAAUGAACUUAAUCCUCACAAGACCCUAUGUGGUGGGUAUGAUUAUUACCCCAUUUCAUGCGUGAGAUGCGGGAAGAGACCUGAAAGGUGAUGGAGAAGCAGAGGUGGCUGUGAACCAGGCCAUCGUGCUUCAGUGCUCACACACUCCACCACAGGCUCUGUUGCUUCUGGUUGACCACGAUUAAGUACCUCGUGUCUGGGUUGGAUUCUAAGUCCUUGUUACCCAAAGUGUGGUCUCUGCACCAGAAGCAUUGGCACCCCCUGGGAGCUUGGUAGAAAGGCAGGCUCUGAGACUCACUCAGUCAGAAUCUGCAUUUUCACAGGAUCUCCAGGUCAUGCUCUGCACACACAAUACACUGUUUUAAGUGAUACAAAAAAUCCUGCCUGCUUCAACUGUCCUUCAUUGAAAGUCUGCUCUGCUGGGUGAUGAGAAGGAAACAGACUGUGCAGCUGCCUGAAGGACAGGGCCGAUCAAGUUAGAUUAAAUCAACAUAUAGUGAAGAGUGAAAUGCCAAACAUCAGAGACUAAUCUGUCCAAUCUCCUCCUUCCUAUUCCACCAGGUAAGGGCCUAAUCAUCACCCACCUAGUUUUCACUCAGUAACCUAACUGGUCUCCUACCCUUAAUCACGUCCUUUUUGCUACCAGGGUUAUUGUCCUGGAACACAAAUUGGACGUGGGCUUUCCUCAGAGCCUUGCAGUGCACUGACUGGCUACUGAUAAAGAGCAAGCUUUUAAGUGUAGAGCUCAAGACUUGGACAACCUAACCUACUCUGGGUUUGUUCACUUUUCACACUAAAUUCUCUAUGCUGCUGCCACAGUGGGAUUCCCGUCAUCUAGUCAACAAGCCGUACUUUCCCACGACUGAAUUCAGCUCAGGCUUUCCCUCUCUGGGGAAUUCCCUUCUCUGUGACCCAAGUACUAUUUAUUUUUCACUACUCAGUUCGUAGGCCCCCUUUUGUGAACGCUUCCCUUGUUCAUUUCUUUUAUUCAACAAAUAUAUGUUGAGCACCUAUUAUUUAGGUACUGUUUUAAAUACUUGGGGUAUGUCAGUGUACAGGACAACAGUCUUUGCCCUAGUUGAGUUUACAUUCUCUCAAAAUACAUUUCCUUCAAAAAAAUUUUUUUUAAUUGAAGUAUAGUUAAUGUACAACAUGUAAGUUACAGGUGUACAGUAUAGUGAUUCACAAUUUUUAAAGGUUAUACUCCAUUUAUAGUUAUAAAAUACUGGCUAUAUUCCCUGUGCUGUACAGUAUAUCCUUGUAGCUUAUUUUAUGCAUAAUAGUUUGUACCUCUCAAUCCCCUACCCCUAUGCUGUCCCUGCCCCCUUCCCUGUCCCCAUUG